AUGUCCGCCGCGAUGCUGGCACUACCAGGGCUGGGCACGCACCUCGCGGACCUCUCCGGCGCCCAUGUCGUCAUCGCGCUACUGCUCGUGCUCCUCAGCUCGCUCUACCUCCUCCACCGCAACCAGCGGCGCAGCGCGCUGUCCAACCUCCCCGGGCCGCCGAGCGCGUCUUGGGUGCUAGGCAACGCGGGGGAGAUGCUCCUCUCCGGGGAGCCGGGCACGGCCGCCGCGCGCUGGCUGGCCGAGCACGGCGGCACGAUCUCGUACGCCUCUCUGCUCGGGACGCGGGGGCUGGCCACCACCGACCUGGUCGCGCUGGCGCACAUCACGCGCAACGCGUACGAGUUUGUCAAGCCGCGCAAUGCGAACGCGCUCCUCGGGAGCAUCUUGGGCGACGGCAUCCUCACUGCCGAAGGCUCGGCACAUCGGCGGCAGCGGCGCGUGCUCAACCCCGCGUUCGGGCCGGGCACGGUGCGCGCGUUCGUGCCCGCGUUCCUCGACACGACGCGGACGCUCGCGCGCAAGUGGGCGGGCGUGCUCGAGAACGGGACGCGCGCGUCGUACACCCUCGCUAAGGAGGAGGACAAGGUGCCCGGCGCGGCCAAGAUCGACGUCCUGCGCGGCAUGAACGAGCUGACCCUCGACGUGCUCGGCACGACGGUGUUUGGCGUCGACUUUGGCGCGCUGGCCGACAACGGCACGCGCCACGAGCUCGCGCAGGCGUACGGCGACAUGGCGGCGGCCGCGUACCGCCUCGACCCGCUCGCGCUCGCCGAGACGCAGUGGGGGGUGCUCAAGCUCAUCCCGAGUAAACGCCGGCGCAUGGUGCAGCGAGCGCACGCCACGGCGGCGCGGCACGGCGCCCAGCUGCUCUCAGACGCGCGGGCCGCGCUCGCGGCAGAGAGCAAGGGCGGCGACGGCGACAGCGCACGCCGCAAGGACCUCCUCUCGCUCCUCCUCCGCGCCAACACGGACGCCGAGCUGCGCGCCGACCAGCGGCUAAGCGACGACGAGGUGCUCGCGCAGAUGACGACGUUCCUGUUCGCGGGGCACGAGACGACGGCGGGGGUGUUGGCGUUUGCGCUGGCGCGGCUGGCGGAGCAUCAGGGGGUGCAGGACAAGCUGUUUGCCGAGGUCGAGGGGGUGGGUGACGAGCCGGACCACGACACGCUCAACGCCCUGCCUUACCUCGACGCGUUCGUGCGCGAGGUCCUGCGCCUCGACGGACCCGUGACCGAGAUCCUGCGCGAGCCAGCCCGCGACGUCGAGCUCCCCCUCGCGUCGCCAGUGGUGGGGCGCGACGGCCGCACAAUGGCAUCGAUACACCUGCGCAAGGGCGACGAGAUCUACAUCCCGAUCUACAGCGUCAACCGGUCGGAAGCGGUGUGGGGGGAUGACGCGAAGCUGUUCAACCCGGAACGGCAUGUCGCGGCCGCGGCGGCGAAGGGGCCAGGGGCCAAGGUGCCCGGCGUGUGGGGCAACCUGCUCUCGUUCUACGGCGGGGCACGGAACUGCGUAGGGUACCGCUUCGCCGUGGUCGAGAUGAAGGCCAUCCUGUUUGUGCUGGUGCGCAGCUUUGCGUUCGCGCCCCUCCCGUCGCGGCCGCGGGUGAGGCGCGACUGGAUGAUUGUUGUGCGGCCUGUUGUGGAGGGCGAGGAGGGGUUCGGGCCGCAGAUGCCGCUGCUGGUGACGGCGCGCGAGUAG